CGACUCAGCGACUCAGAACACACGUCUGCUCGGUUCACUUGCUCAGCCCCGCCCUCAAAGACAGACACGCCAAUCACAGCAAAGGAUGACGGCAGCUGAUUGGUUGUUGGUGGCGGCAUUUCUGCCGCUCGUCUCCGUCACCGUCCAUCAGGACAUCUGCAGCGUCAAACCCAGAGAACUCGCUCUGGAGCCACGCUGCGUCUACCGCAGCCCCGAGCCCGAAGACCUCACCCCUGAUCCCACCCCUGAACCGAUCCCCGAGUCCACCAACCCCCGGGUGUGGGAGCUGUCUAAGGCCAACGGCCGCUUCGCGCUGUCACUCUACAAACAGCUGGUCCGCAGUAAAGACCCAGAGUCCAACAUCUUCAUGUCCCCGAUCAGCGUGUCCACGGCUUUCGCUAUGACCAAACUGGGAGCCUGUAACGAGACACUGAGGCAGAUCAUGGAGGUGUUUGAGUUUGACACCAUCAAAGAAAAGACAUCAGAUCAGGUUCACUUCUUCUUCGCCAAACUCAACUGUCGUCUGUACAGGAAGAAGGAUGCGUCCACCGAGCUUGUGUCCGCUAACAGACUGUUCGGAGACAAGUCUCUGGUCUUUAAUGAGACGUAUCAGAACAUCAGUGAGACGGUUUACGGAGCUAAAUUGCUUCCUCUCAACUUCAAGGAAAACCCAGAUCAGGCACGGACAACCAUUAACAAGUGGAUCGCCAGCAAGACCAAGAACCACAUCCAGGACACGCUGCCACAGGGGGCGGUGGCGUCCAACACGGUCCUUGUCCUCGUCAACACCAUCUACUUCAAAGGUCAAUGGCAGAACAAGUUUGACAAAAGUGACGUGUACAAAACAGAUUUCCACGUCAGUGCGAGUCGCAGCUGCUCCGUGGACAUGAUGUUCCAGGAGAAAGGGUUCAGGUACAGUUUCUUCCCUGAAGACCACGUCCAGGUGCUGGAGAUGCCGUACCGUGGAGAUGACAUCACCAUGGUCCUCAUUCUGCCCACUAAAGACACUGCACUCAGUCAGGUGGAGGACAGUCUGGACCUGACCAAAGUGAAGAACUGGUUGCGGGACAUUAGGAAGACUUCAGUAUCGGUCCAUGUCCCUCGAUUUAAGGUGGAGGACAGUUUCACUCUGAAGGAGACGUUGAAAGAAAUGGGACUGACUGACCUGUUUGACCCAAACACGGCCAGUCUGCCAGGAAUGCUGGAGGACGGCAGUGAUGGACUCUACAUCUCAGACGCCUACCACAAAGCUUUUCUGGAGGUGAACGAGGAGGGCUCUGAGGCGGCAGCUUCCACAGCGGUGAUGGUUGUUGGACGGUCCUUUAAUCCUCACCGUGAGAUUUUUCAGGCCGAUCGUCCGUUUCUGCUUUUCAUCAGAGAGUCGACCAUUAACACGCUGCUGUUUGCCGGCCGAGUGUCUAACCCCUGCAGCCAAUGACAGGACGACCCCCGACCCCUGCAGCCACGACGACCCUGACCCCUACAGCCAAUGACAGG